AUGGUGUCCUGGAAGGACGGCGAAACUAGUAGUGAAGAUUUUGUGUCCCCCCUCUUCAACUCGCACGAGGACGAGACCUAUAUCCCACAGACCAUUGUUGACCCGGAGUGGUGCGGUAUUGUUGUCGGAGGACCGAUGUGCUGUCACAACCUUCCUGUUCAUAGGGCUGUUGUGUUUCAAGGAAUCAACACUGGCCGUAGGUUUUAUGGAUGCGGUAAUCAGAGUAGCAAAGAGAAUGAUGCUAAAGAAAAGCUCAUACUCAAGCUGGGAGAAGAGAAGAAGCUAAUCCAAGAGAAGCACCACAACCACAUCAAAGAAACAAGCAAUUUUUUUUCAACAAUUCACAAGAAUGUGAUGAGGGAGAACUAUCAGAAGAUUAUGCAGGAUGGUGAUGUAGAGAAUGAUGUACUGCAAGCCCAGGAAGAGAACGCUAAGCUUGAGAAAGACAAUAUUGAGCUGAGGACAGCACUACAAGUCAUUAAGCAGAGCAAUGAUGAACUUGUUAGCAAUUGGAAAAAACAUGUAGCAGGUGAAGGUCUUCAACAGAUUGAACAGAUGAAGAAGGAGAAGAAAAAGCUAGAGUAUAUCAUAGCUGAUUUGCUGAAGGAUGGGGAGGCAAACAAGGUUAAGUUGAGGAAAAUCAAAGAACUCUGUGAUGAGUGA